AUGGCGCACCACCGGCGGGCCCGGCUCUUCUCUGUGGUCGCCGCCGCCGCGCUUAUGGUGCUGUCGGUCGGGCCGGCCGCGGCGCUGUCGCCGGACGGCAAGGCGCUGCUGUCGCUGCUGCCCGGCGGGGCGCCGUCGCCCGUGCUGCCGUCGUGGGACCCCAAGGCCGCGACGCCGUGCUCGUGGCAGGGGGUCACGUGCUCGCCGCAGAGCCGGGUGGUGUCGCUCUCGCUGCCCAACACCUUCCUCAACCUGUCCUCGCUGCCGCCGCCGCUAGCCACGCUCUCCUCGCUGCAGCUGCUCAACCUCUCCACCUGCAACAUCUCCGGGACCAUCCCACCCUCGUACGCGUCGCUCUCCGCGCUGCGCGUCCUGGACCUGUCCUCGAACGCGCUCACCGGCGACAUCCCCGACGAGCUCGGCGCGCUCUCGGGGCUCCAGUUCCUGCUCCUCAACUCCAACCACCUCACCGGCGGCAUCCCGCGCUCGCUCGCCAACCUCUCCGCGCUCCAGGUGCUCUGCGUCCAGGACAACCUCCUCAACGGCACCAUCCCGGCGUCGCUCGGCGCGCUCACCGCGCUCCAGCAGUUCCGCGUCGGCGGCAACCCGGCGCUGUCGGGCCCCAUCCCGGCCUCACUCGGCGCGCUCUCCAACCUCACCGUCUUCGGCGCCGCGGCUACCGCGCUGUCCGGUCCCAUCCCCGAGGAGUUCGGCAGCCUCGUCAAUCUCCAGACGCUGGCAUUGUACGACACCAGCGUGUCCGGGUCCAUACCCGCCGCGCUCGGCGGUUGCGUCGAGCUGCGCAACCUCUACCUUCACAUGAACAAGCUCACCGGCCCGAUACCGCCGGAGCUCGGGCGGCUGCAGAAGCUCACCAGUCUGCUCCUCUGGGGCAACGCCCUCUCCGGGAAGAUCCCACCGGAGCUAUCCAACUGCUCCGCGUUGGUGGUGCUCGACCUGUCGGGCAACCGGCUUACCGGCGAGGUGCCCGGGGCGCUUGGGCGGCUCGGCGCGCUCGAGCAGCUGCACCUGUCGGACAACCAGCUCACGGGGCGCCUACCGCCGGAGCUCAGCAACCUGAGCAGCCUCACCGCGCUGCAGCUCGACAAGAACGGCUUCUCGGGCGCGAUCCCGCCGCAGCUGGGAGAGCUGAAGGCGCUGCAGGUGCUGUUCCUCUGGGGCAACGCGCUGUCUGGCGCGAUCCCGCCAUCGCUGGGCAACUGCACCGAGCUGUACGCGCUGGACCUGUCAAAGAACCGCUUCUCCGGCGGCAUCCCCGACGAGGUGUUCGCGCUGCAGAAACUCAGCAAGCUGCUACUCCUGGGCAAUGAGCUCUCCGGCCCCCUACCCCCGAGCGUCGCCAACUGCGUAUCAUUGGUGCGCCUCCGGCUCGGUGAGAACCAGCUCGUCGGCGAGAUACCCAGAGAGAUCGGCAAGCUGCAGAACCUGGUGUUCCUGGACCUGUACUCAAACAGGUUCACCGGCUCGCUGCCUGCCGAGCUCGCAAACAUCACGGUGCUGGAGCUGCUGGACGUGCACAACAACAGCUUCACCGGUGGCAUCCCGCCGCAGUUCGGGGAGCUCAUGAACCUGGAGCAGCUCGACCUGAGCAUGAACAAGCUCACCGGCGAUAUACCGGCGAGCUUUGGCAACUUCAGCUACCUUAACAAGCUGAUCCUCAGCGGCAACAAUCUGUCCGGGCCAUUGCCCAAGUCGAUUCGGAACCUGCAGAAGCUGACAAUGCUGGACCUGAGCAAUAACAGCUUCUCUGGCCCGAUACUGCCGGAGAUCGGCGCGCUGUCGAGCCUGGGCAUCAGCCUGGACCUCAGCUCGAACAGGUUCGUCGGCGAGCUGCCGGACGAGAUGUCUGGUUUGACACAGCUGCAGUCACUCAACCUCGCGAGCAAUGGCCUCUACGGCAGCAUCUCGGUUCUGGGUGAGCUCACCAGCCUGACAUCCCUCAACAUCUCGUACAACAACUUCUCUGGCGCCAUCCCAGUGACGCCGUUCUUCAAGACAUUGUCGUCCAACUCCUAUAUUGGCAAUGCCAACCUCUGUGAGUCCUACGAUGGCCACUCCUGUGCGGCGGACAUGGUUCGCAGGUCCGCCCUGAAGACGGUCAAGACCGUGAUCCUCAUCUGUGGUGUUCUGGGGUCAGUUGUGCUGCUGCUUGUUGUGGUUUGGAUUCUGAUCAACAGGAGCAGGAAGCUGGCUAGCCAGAAGGCAAUGAGCUUGUCAGGUGCUGGCGGUGAUGAUUUCUCCAACCCCUGGACGUUUACACCAUUCCAGAAGCUCAACUUCAGCAUUGACAACAUCUUGGCAUGCCUAAGGGAUGAGAACGUGAUCGGCAAAGAGUACACGUACACGAGCAACAUCACGGAGAAGAGCGACGUGUACAGCUACGGCGUGGUGCUGCUGGAGAUCCUGAGCGGGCGGAGCGCUAUCGAGCCGGUGGUCGGUGAGACCAGCCUGCACAUCGUGGAGUGGGCGAAGAAGAAGAUGGGCAGCUACGAGCCGGCCGUGAACAUCCUGGACCCAAAGCUGCGGGGAAUGCCGGACCAGCUGGUGCAGGAGAUGCUGCAGACGCUGGGCGUGGCCAUCUUCUGCGUGAACGCGGCGCCGGCGGAGCGGCCAACGAUGAAGGAGGUGGUGGCGCUGCUCAAGGAGGUGAAGAGCCCGCCCGAGGAGUGGGCAAAGACCUCGCAGCAGCCGCUCAUCAAGCCCGGCAGCCAGCAAGGGAUUGAUGAGCAACUAGCUGCGCCGUCCUCAGUACAAAUAGCCAGCAGACGACUAUUAUCCGUUCUUGGUUUCGUAGGAACAGUGAGUGACAGGCAAAGCCCGUUGCCCCCAUCCGUCGGCCGGUACCAGGCCCAGGCGGCCGCGGCACGAGCUGCUCUGCCACUGGCGCCAACACUGGACGGCGAGGUGCAGGCUCUGUUUCGAAAGGAGGUAGAGGGACCUGCUGCGGCGGCGGUGGCUGCACGGCGGUGGGCGGGGGCGGAGGAGACACGGCGGCGAAGCCAUUGA